AUGAGAUCUUUGUCCCGUGCCGCCCGGAUUGCUUCAAUCCUUUCGGUUGCUGCUCUUGUUAGGGCUGAAAAAUUGUCGGAAAGAGAUACUUCGCCCUUCUUCCCAGCGAUCGCUGCCCCAAAUUCCCCAAACCAGAUAUUUCGUCGUCAAAACAACAACGGAAACUGUGCUCAGAACACACAUUCAUGUGCUCCGAUCUCAUAUCCGGCUUUCUGCUGCCCUAAUACGGCUAACUGUGCCGUCGACAAUGCAGGCCAUAUUGCUUGCUGUCCGAAGGGAAUACAUUGUGUUGGAACGGUCGCUGGUGAAGGAGACUGCAAUUCAGGCUACUAUGGCUGCCCCGACAAUUUAUUUCAAGGGGGAUGCUGUCUCUCCAACUACGAAUAUUGCUCCAGAAACCGUUGCAUAGGUGCCAAUGAUGCAAUCGCUUCAGUAGUCGCUGUAGUUCCGGGACUUUUCACCUCAGCUGCGAACGACGGUGUCGCCGUUUACAGAACAGCUACGGAUGCAGCUGGUGAAAGGGUUACAGUCUUGGUCGGAGACGCAGGAGCCGUAUACUCAACCUAUAUCGCCAAUCCGGCUGCUGCCGCCUCAUCUUGGGCUGGAUCGGCUUAUACCCGUAUCUCUGAUGCGGUGACAUCCGGUUUCCCGAUCCCUACUAUCAGAGAUGAUAUUUCGAGCAUUAAUUCCGCCAUUACCAGCCAGUAUGCAGAUUUUAGGAGCGACCUAGGAGCCUGGUAUACUAGUUUUACGUCGAGAUAUGGCCAAGGAUAUACGAGUUUUUUGAACGAUGCAGGACAGUACGUGACAACAAUUGAGACGAUUAUCAAUGGAGUUGCGACCCAGACAGCCGUGACGGUGCAGUUCCCAGCUUUCGUACAGGCACAACCAACGGGCAACGCCGCAGUCAGGAGCGUCAAAGUAGGAUUUGGAGGCGAGAUGAUAACGACGAGAGCAUCUAUGCUAAUGCUGUGGGUAUGGGCAAUCGGAUUGGGCUUAUUUACGGCAGUUGUUGGUUGGCUAUGA